AUGGCGACAAUGAAAAUCCUGGACAGCUUCGGCCGGCUAAAGCCUCAGGAUUUCCACAGGGACGCUCGCGUCGUAGUCUAUGCAAGCUCCGAGGAAGGCAUGAGGCGCCAGUUUUUAGAAGAUGGGUACGCAAUAGGGUCCACUCCCAAGGCAUCUCUGGUUGGAGUUUUCGAUGGUCACGGCGGCAGGGCAGCGGCAAGUUUUUGCGCCAAGAAUCUUUUCCCGGUCUUGGUGGAGGACGAGGGCUUUCAGAGCGGCACUGGAAUCAAGCAAGCCCUACGCAAUGCUUUUCUCAAGAUGGACGAUCUCAUGAGAGAGGAAAACGAACAAAGAUAUUGGCAAGCUGGAACCACAGCGAUUGUCGCUGUGGUGACUGAGAACUUUGUGUAUGUUGCCCACGCAGGUAUGUUUUGCACAUGUUUUUCACAAAGAGCUAACCUCUGUGUGCGCUUAGGUGAUGCUUUCUGUAGUUACCGCAAAGGUGGCGAGACCAAGCACUUGACAAAGGAUCACUCGCCCCACGUUCCUGAGGAGCGAGAGAGAGGUGUGAAAGCGGACGCUAUUUUCAGUUAUGGGAGCACAGCUAGCAAACUGUACAUGGGAAUCGGUGACUCGCAACUCCUCAUAUCGAGAGCUCUAGGAGACCUUGACCUCAAGAGCAAUAAGAAGCUGGCGUUUGACGAGCAGGUCAUCAUCGCGGUGCCGGAUGUUGUGGAGCUUGAAGUUACCGAAGAUCUCGAGUACUUGGUUCUUUGCUCCGAUGGUUAUACCAGGAGAGACAUCCAAUGGUUGGAUAUGAAGAGCUUCUCGAUGAGCUCCGGCGUCUAUCGGGAGGAUCGUCAAGACGACGGAACUUACGCUAUUGUCUUGUUGGAGAAAAACAAAGCCGCCAAGCUAGAUAGUUGA